AGUUUAAAUAGACACGUCACCAUUUAACAACUCAUUGCCCUCGACUUCUUCCUUCAGCUCAUCACCUCCCAGGACCAAGAGGGCCUUAAUCCCCUCCCAGUUCUAGUGUUCUUCCCCGUCAAAUCAAAUCCCAUAUCUCCUAAGAUAUUCCUCCUAGAAGUGUAUCUUUGCUGGGAGAAGCGCCGCAUGUGACAUCUUCACAAAGGUUGAGAGAACAGGCGGGGGUAAAGGUGCAUAUGUUCUAGUUCAGAUUAGUGUAGUCGCUGAGCAAAACCCAAAAGGUCACCGUAAAGUAGGAACAAAGUCUUCACAGCCAGGCCACAGCAUCCAAGUACCGCACCGGCUUUCCGACAAAUCCAUUCUUGCAGACCCAUCCAUGGGUUGUGGGGCAUCGAGGGAUCCGGGCGUUGGACGCCAGGGGAGGCCAAAAGGCGUUGGUGAGGUGGUCGUCUUCCUCCCGGGGCUCCGGGUUCCGAGGACCGUAGACUUCUCGCAGUCUCUGGGUGAUCACCUGGACAAGAGCACGGUGGAGAGGCUGUCAGCUCUAAGAGCAAGGGUUGUGGAAAUGGCAAUGCAGGAAUCAGCGACAGCCCUGAAGCCGAGGCGAAAGGCUGCGUCGACACGGCACGGAGGGUCUAGCACUGCUAAUCUUCUCCAGGCUUUGGAAGAGUAUCUGUCAGUUCUGCUAGGACUGGUGAAAGAAAGAGGCAGUGAGCUGAGAAACAAAGUGCAGUUUGUUUGGUCUAACCAAGAAGAUGAUGCUGAGGAGACAUCCAUGGCAGAUGCUUGGUACGAGGUGUUGUCUGUGCUGCACCUGAUGGCCAUGGUGUGCUUCCUGCAGGCCAACUCUCUGCUUCUUCCUAGGUCAUACAGUGACGGCUAUGGGCCGAGAGUAUCUGAAGAGAGCAGGCGAGCCACUGUUGAUGUUUUCUUGAAAGCAGCUGGGUUCUUGGAUUGUGCAGUUAAUCAAGUACUUCUGCAGAUACCACCCGAGAAAAGAAGGGCACUCCCAGUAGAUCUAGCAGAAGGAAAUCUAAAAGCACUUAGCUUGCAAGGACUUGGCCAGGGAGUUGAUAUGCAACUUGGAUUGGCAAUUGAUAAUCCGAAGGCUACUUUAGCAGUAAAACGGCGUUUAGCUUGCGAGCUGGUCAAAUAUUGGCAACAGAUUAAGGAUAGCAUACCAGAGCUUCCUUUGUCAGAUGGAUGGGCGAAAAAGCACACACUAUUUGUAAAGUGGAAGUAUGCUGAAGCAAAGGCUGCUGCAUACUAUUUCCAUGGGUUGAUUCUUGAUGAGGGAGACACCGAAAAAUCUCACGAGAUGGCAAUAUCCUCACUACAAGCAUCAGAGGAGUUUCUGAAAGAGAGUGAAAGGGCUUCAGAGGCCUUCCAUUCAACUCCUCCGACAUCAAGGAUCUCAAUCCCUUUUGGAACAACCAAAUAUCUUUUGGACAGAAUCCCAAAAGAUACAUUAAGCAAGCUCCAGAACAACCAGCACCUGUACACCCAAGGAAGAACUUCAAACACUGGAACCAACCGGAUCAUCACACCGCCACCUCCAUUGCCAGAUUUUCCGCUGGCCCUAAAUCCCGAGGAAUAUGAGCUUCCCCAAUUAGACCCACUGUGGAAGAAGGAAGUUAACCACUGAUGAAGUUUAUUACCAAGCUGAGGCAAGCAAGAAGGCUUUCUUCUAAAUGGAAGCAUUCAUCUGCUGCUGACAGAGAACAUGAAUUCUGCAGCACUUUAGACCACAACAGUGAGAAACGAAAUGUAAUAUGCCGAAUGCUUAGAAAGAGAAAAAUCUUACAAGUUUCGAUCAGUCAAAAUGAGUUACCAUGCUAAGUCCAAGGAUUCUGAAGAACAAUGUACAUAUGGAGCAUUUAUUUCAAAUUAUGCAAAUGCUUUUGUUGAAAGAA